AUGUUGAGCAGAGCGUCGAAGCGGUUGUUGUCAGCUCAAAUCAAUGCGGACGUACGUAAAAAAGUGCUGAAAGUUGGAUCGCUGCGAGUUCCGAUUGUGGGCGCUACGCGACCUGAACUCGUACCUGCCAGAGGCAGCGGUCCUGCUAUUCAAUAUUCCUCUAGUGAUGUUUUGGCACACCUGAAAUGGAUGCUUCAAAAGGAGAUCUUGGGGCAGGACAUAUUUUUGAUAGGCGUACCAGGAUCUUUUCGAUCGGAUAUCGUGUUGCAAUACCUGGAAUUGUGUAAUCGGGAGUACGAAUACCUUGCAGUAACGCGUGAUACGACAGAAGCUGACAUAAAGCAACGCAGAGAAAUCCGUGGUGGCACAGCCCACUAUUCCGAUCUUUGUGCUGUCCGAGCUGCUCUUCAUGGUCGCGUAUUGGUCAUCGAUGGCGUAGAAAAGGCGGAGCGGAAUGUGCUUCCCAUUCUGAACAAUCUUUUAGAGAAUAGGGAGAUGCAACUGGAGGACGGUCGCUUCUUGAUGCAUCAUGGCAAGUAUGAUAAACUGUCAAAAGACUACACAGCUGCACAGUUGCACGAAAUGGGUAUCGAGAGGGUCUCUGAACGCUUUCACAUAAUAGCACUUGGUCUGCCGGUCCCUCGCUUCACAGGAAACUCUCUGGACCCGCCUUUACGCUCGAGGUUCCAAUGUCGCAACGUCCAGGAACCAACUUUCGAGGCCACUCGACGUAUGUGCGAUUACUUAGCCCCCAAAGUGCCCUCAAACUCUGUCAAUGAUUUGGUUUCUAUGAUCUACGCAAUCAACUCGCAGUCCGAUCUCGGCAUCGCUCAAGUUCCAGUCGAUCUCAUCCCCAGAAUCAUGCGAAUGUGGGUACGUGCUCUUCCAUUACUCCCACCUCAUCAUCAGCGUGCACAGUGA